AGGGGAUGACCAGAGACUGCGGACAUAGUACAGGAGAUGACCAGAGACUACAGACAUAGUACAGGAGAUGACCAGAGACUGCAGACAGUACAGGAGAUGACCAGAGGCUGCGGACACAGUACAGGAGAUGACCAGAGGCUGCGGACACAGUACAGGGAUGACCAGAGACUGCGGACAGUACAGGGAUGACCAGAGACUGCGGACACAGUACAGGAGAUGACCAGAGACUGCAGACAGUACAGGAGAUGACCAGAGACUGCGGACACAGUAUAGAUGACCAGAGACUGCGGACACAGUAUAGGAUGACCAGAGACUGCGGACACAGUACAGGAGAUGACCAGAGACUGUGGACACAGUACAGGAGAUGACCAGAGACUGCAGACAGUACAGGAGAUGACCAGAGACUGCGGACACAGUACAGGAGAUGACCAGAGACUGUGGACACAGUACAGG